AUGGAGGUCAACAUCGAGCCCGAGUUAUCUGGGCCUAAUAUUGAACAAGAGGAUUCUACAGUCCCAGAGGCAUGCCAAGAUGGCGUUCUGCAAAGUUGCUCGAAGUCCCAAUUGGGCGAGCCGAAUAUCAAGCAAGAGUCUCCAGCACCUCUAGAUUCAGACCAAGUCGGCGCUUCCCAGAGUUGUUCAAAACCCUUGGACGAGUCUGGCAUCAAAAGCGAACCUUCGCCGGUUCAAAACUCGGGGCAGCACGGCGGCUCUCAUUAUCAGAACCCGUCUUGCGCAGAGCCACCUGAAUCCGAUGAAUUCCUUGGCGAGUUAGCUAACCACGAAAACGUUACAUCGACGCCGGAUAUCAGGGCUCAACAUGAAGAAGAAACGCUUCAAGAGUUGUCAGCAAUGGACACAGAGCACAAUGAACCCAGCGAGCAGGAACAAAAUCCCCCCAGCCUUCAGAGCGAUACUGCAAAUGAGCCUCUCCCGACGCCCACCACCGAUACCACCAACAAUGUCCAAAAUCUCAACAUUGCCAAGAAAGCCAGAAAGAAUGGUGGCCCUCGCCGGAGCAAAGGCAGGACUGUGAAAGAAAUGUUUGAAGAGCGGCAUAAAGCUUUGCAAGCGCUUAAGGCCCCCGCUUCAAAUAGCCAAACAGAGCUCCACCGCCCUACCAAGAGACUCAAAUUGUCUCCUACCGAAAAUCAGGGGAGCUCCACUGUCAAGACCAUGGGCAUUAUGCAGCAGAUUGUAGGCCAUAAUGUGAUUGCCGCGUCCAAGGGACAUGGCGAUUAUGAAAAGGCUGCCAGGUUUAGUGCAACAACGCAAAAAACACAGUUUGAUAUUUUACUCAAGAACUGUCCAAAAUCUUCUGACUUGCGCAAGGCAAGAGGAGAAUUGAAUGUAUUGAGAGAAGCCGUGAAGAAAUUUGGCGCUCACAAUAUCAAGGCUGCCGACGGGAAUUGGAAGUUAAAGGGCAUGACAACUCCUCUAUUUGGAUAUCAGGUCAUUGGAGUGGCUUGGAUGAUUGAGCGAGAGCUGUCAGUUAAUGAGCCCAAUGGCCCCUUCGGGGGCAUCUGUGCUGACGCUAUGGGGUUGGGAAAGACCGUAGAAGCUAUUGCGACUAUGGUGGCUAAUCCGCCUGGGGCGGAUGUCCCAAUUGAUCAGAGGAGCACCCUGAUUGUGGUCCCAGCCUCCAUUAAAUGGCAGUGGUUUUCUGAGAUCGAGAAGCAUGCGCACGAUACGCUUCCCCGAGUUAUGAUUUACAAGGCUUCAGAAAAAAUUCAAAGGAUCAGAAUCACCGAUUGUAACGUUGUACUCGCGACUUGGAAAGAACUUAGUACAAGUUCCCCUUUCCCUGACAAAAAGACUUACAACGAGCUACGAACGCAACUUCGAAAUCCGAAGAGUAAGAGUAAGCCAGAAGAUGACGAAUCAACUCCAAUCGAGGAAUGGAUUGCAGGUCACCCAGAGAGACGGGGACAAUUACACGAGAUUCAUUGGUACAGGAUAAUCUUUGACGAAUCUCACCACAUAAAGAAUCAUCUAUCUCGCCAGAGUUUAGCCGCGUGUUCUCUCAAGGGCAAAUAUCGAUGGGCAUUGAGCGGUACUCCUAUCAUGAAUCGCUUGGAGGAAUUUUACGCUUAUUUUCGAUUUUUAAACAAUCUAUCUUUGGCCCCUAGCUAUCGAUCAUUUAAGCGGAAGUUCUGUGGUCAGAAUGAGGGCACUGCGAAUGACCCAUUGGAUACUUUGCUGGCCAAAUCGAUGUUACGGAGGACUACGGCAGAUUUAUUCAUGGGUCGACCAAUCGUGGACCUCCCACUACCUACAGAAUGCACUGUGGUGAUCAACUUUUCUCCGGGGGAGGAGAUCCUAUACAGAGCUUUCGAGGAUCGCCUUCGGCAACUCUUUAAUGAGUCCUUCGCGCCUGGGGAUGAGCGAAAUAAGCUAACCCACUUUUUUGCACAACUCACACGUCUUAGGCAAUUUACCGCACAUCCUCUUCUUAUAGAGAACCAGAUGAAGGUUGCUUUUGAAAUUAAUCAUCUCGAAGAAGUUCAAAAACAAAUUUUACACCUUCCCUCACCAGACUUAACGCUCUAUAAUAGGAUAAAAGUUUGGAUCAAAUCAAAGAAACUGGGAGAAGUCAACUUGACAGACUUAGAUGCUGAAAAUGCAUAUAAUUGUCUCCUAUGUAGCAACCCAGCUACUGAUCCCGUCAAGAUCAGUAUCAAAAACUGCAAGCACACUUUCUGCAGAAACUGCAUCGAGAAUGAUGUAGAUCUUCAGAGUGGAAGGGGUUUGGAUCAACCUUCUUGUCCCGAGUGCCAAGCCGCUUUUGACCCAGAAACCUCCCUCCAAUCAUUGGACUCCGAGGAAUAUGGCUCAAGACUCUCCUCUGCCGCAAGAAAAGGAAAAGAUGCCCUAAAAUACCACCCCCGGGUUCAAAGAUCAGAUUGGAUUGAACAAUAUGACAAGGGGAAAGUGCCACUAUUUCAAAGCGCUAAGAUAGAAGCUGUCGUGGGCCAGAUUAGUCGCUGGCUUGACGAUGCCCCGACUGACAAAAUCAUUAUUUUCACACAAUGGCGAAGAUUCGCAACUAUCCUUGGCCGAGACCUUGAAGAGAAAAAGAUUCCCUUUGUCUAUUACACAGGCGACAAAACAGCUACUAAACGCGAUGUGGCAGUGCGCAAGUUCGAAUCUGAUCCAAGUACUAAGGUCAUGAUUUCAGGGCUAGGUUGUGGUGGUAUAGGGUUGAAUCUAGCCUGCGCAAACCGUGUGAUCAAUGUAGAUCCAUGGUGGAACACAUGCAUUGAGCAGCAAGCGUUUGGGCGAGUUUAUCGAUUGCCGCAAUCGAAGAAUACCUAUUUUGCGAAGAUCAUUAUCAGAAAUUCCAUAGAUUCGCGAAUUAUCAAAUUGCAGGCCAAGAAAGAACGCAUCGUGGACCCCAGAAUGAAGCGGAGGCUAACAGUUGAAGAGAUGGCUGGAUUGUUUGGCCGGGUGACAGUUGGCAAUUCCCUAACUACUUUUGAAGAUGAAAACGGCAAAACGACGAUCGAGCGAGACUACUCUGACGAUGAAGAGGAUGGCGACGAGGAGAGAGAAUCAGACCACGGUUCAGAUGGCGAUUACGUGGAUUAA